UCAUAGCAGCACCUACACCUCCAACCCUUCAAUGUUUUUCAACUACAAUUGUUGAUUACUGGUGUGAGUGGUCUGAGGUCGAAAACACAAAUCUGGUGGAGAACUACACUUUUCAGUUUGAAUAUCCUUCCGGCACAUGGAAUAUGUGCCCCACAUAUGUCAAUAAGUACAAAUGUGAGGUUCCAGUGAGUGAUGGAGAUGGUAACCUUGUGAAUCCAGGAGUUCGCCACCAGGUCAGAGUCAUAGUUCAAAAUUAUCUUGGAAAAGCAACCACCCAACAAUAUUUUUGGCCGGACGGAGAAGCUGUUCCCCUUCCCCCAAUUGUUGAGACUACUAACACCAGCCAGACAACACUGACCAUUAGGUUUGGACUGCAGGAAGAGUUAGGGAAUUAUGCCAAGUCCAGCUUGCGGUAUCACGUUCGUUACAGCAGCAGUGAUUCACCUAAUCACUGGAUAAAGGAUUCAGAUCUUAAUAAUCGCGAUGAGCAACUGACCAUUUCGGGUCUGGAAUAUUACACAAUGUACGACUUGCAAGCUCGUGCUAAAUUCUCAGGUGGUAGCUGGAGUGAAUGGGGACCAGUAGCCUCUGCGAGAACAGAUGAAGGGGCACCUGAGGGCGCUGUUAAUUUUACAGUGCAGGAAAUUAAUGAUAAAUUCACGAGAGACAUCUUGCUGCGUUGGACUAGAUUUCCUGAGAAAGAUUUGAAUGGUCAACUACUUGGUUAUCGUGUAGCUCUAUGGGGAAGCGACAGUGAGAGUAAGAUUAGUGAGUAUCAGGUGGACGCGGACACUACUAUUUACACAAUAUCAGACCAAACACAGUAUGAACAGUUCUAUGUGAGUGUUGUUGCAUAUAGUUCUUUUGGAGAGACUCGGCAUGAUAAGGUACAAAUACUGGAUAAAUCCAAAAAGCCAGGGAAGCCAACAGGUCUUGAUGGAGAGGUGUUGUCAUGGAACUCAGUCAAUAUAAGUUGGGGGAUACCUGAUGAGCCUGGAAGCCUCACUCUUUUGUAUUAUAUUGAGUGGCGUGACAACAGUCAGACUAAAAGUGGUACAGUUUUUUCAAAUGCCCAAGAAGAGCCGAUGGUGUCAUAUCUUGUUACGGAUCUUGAAGCUUACACAGAGUAUACGUUCCAAGUAAGAGCCCAAAAUGGUGAUGGUAAUGGCCAAUAUUCUGAGGCCAUAAAACGAACAACUUUUGAAUCAGUUCCUGGGAAUGUGUCAAUGUUAUCAGUGAAUGCAGUCGAAGAAAAUUCAACUCUGUUAAGUGUCAGCUGGUCAGCACCAGAACAAACCAAUGGUGUCAUUACUAAAUAUAAAAUUUACUACCAUCAAUAUCCAAAUGGUUUCAUUCAUAAUGAAUUCUUGACUCCAGAACAAGAAAUCCCUUACUUACUUGGAAGUCUUACACCACAUGAGAAGUACGUUGUGUGGAUGACUGCCAGCAACAAAGCUGGAGAGGGCGCUGUUAGCCAAAAGAUUAACCAGACAACCAGUCAGGGAACUCCAACUGCUCCUCAGAAUGUUACUGUUAGCAAAGUUACUAGCACCGGUUUCACAGUCCAUUGGGAUGCACCAGAGCAAACCAACGGAAUUAUCAAACAUUACAGCGUCAAAGUGAAUGACACAGAUCAUUCCGAGAGGUUCGUAAAGAGCACCGAAAUUGAAAUUGAUAACCUGUUCGGGUAUACACGGUAUGUGGUUAGCGUUGCCGCAUGUACUGAGGGACAUGCUAAUCAUGCAUGUGGCGAAGAAUCAUCGCCAGAGAGUUUUAUUCAGACUCUGAUAGGAGUUCCUGGACCUCCCAGUAAUCUUCAUUCUGAAUCGAAAUCAUCAAAAUCAUUUACCAUGCUUUGGAGUCCACCAGGAACACCUAAUGGGCCUAUUGAGCAUUACUCAGUUGUGUACCGUCACCAAAAUAUGGUGAAUGAAACUUAUCAAGUGAAAGAUACCAAAUUUGGGAUUGAUGUCAGCUGCACUGGCACAGAAACCCUUAAGUAUACAUUUAGCGUUAAGGCCGUCAACAAGGAUGAGAACAACAGUCUCUUGCCUGGACCUGAAGUGGGCGGUGAUUAUGAGUUCAUGUGUGAUGCUGUGCAAGAUCCAACUAUAAUUCUCUACAUUCUGGUACCAAGUGUCAUUGUUCUGAUGUUUGUACUUAUUACUUGCAUUUAUAAAAGUAAAUACCAUGAUAAAUAUUUCACGAAAUGGCCUGAACCAAAAAUUAUACAAGUUGUAAUUAAUCCUGAACUGUCACCCCGACCUAUAGAGAAGGAGAAGUUUGACCCCCUGAAGAAAAGACCGCAUAGUCAGAGUUCCCAUGGUAGCACAGCAAGCUCCGAUCAAGGCUUCCAUGAAAUGUCUCUUAGCCAUUCUCAAGUUGAACUCAAUACUCAGGAACAAAAGGUACAUUUUGUAUUAAAUAGAAGCAACAUCCGAUCAGAUUCCCUAACAGAUGAACUUGAAGAUGAAACAUUUUAUCCUCAAGAACAGAAUCCAAGAAUUGAAACUGAGAACACUUGCGACAAUGUGUCGACUUGUUCAGACAAGAAGGGAAAGGAGUAUUUUCAUAUGAAUUAUAAGUACAUGAUGGAAGACGAGAUCCAAUACCAACGGCUCGUCCUGAAAGGAUCGCAGGAGGCUUUGGACUUCACACCAAGCAAUGAUCUGGUCAUUCAGAAACAAUCAUCCGAAAGUUCUGAAGAGGUAAUUGAUAUCGAUGAAAGCACAACAGAUAUUGAUCCAUAUAUAAAGAUGAUUCCAACAUCUCCCACUAGCCAAACCUCAAUCCAACUGACUGCCGAUGAGGCCAAAAAGAGUGAACACUUUGCACACAUAAGCAGUGAUAUUAAAAGUGAAGAUGACAGAAAUGUUGAGAGUGUUAUUGACAUUGGCUCAACAGGCAUCAAAGUUCAAAAUGAAGAGAGCCAUCAAACACCUAAUGAGGCAUUUCUAUCUGGGGACUAUGUACAAUCAAGUAAUUUUAGAGUAUUGCAUCAGAUGUCUGAAGAAUCAGUUGAUGACGGCAUUGAUGAUUCUUCUGGUAGUGCCAUCAAUGAUUAUUCCCAGGUGAACAUGCCAAAUUUAUCUGACUUCCUUGAGAACCUUGGUGGCACUGUUUAAGGGUUGCCCUUACUGAAGGUUUUCAUGUAAGACAUUCAUGGUACAGUAUUGAAAAUAACUUACAAAAACAGGAUGGAUCUAGCUAAGUUGAAUAAUUAUAUUUCAUGAUUGCCAAAUGCAGCUUUCAAAAUUCAUACAUAGUGGAAGCUGAUUUAUUCCCUUUCAUUUAUUUAUUCCUUAUUUCACAUUUACAUUUACAUUUUUUUCUUUAUUUAUUUGUUUCGUAUUUACAUAUAGGCAAUACCUUGAGAAAAAAUGUGUCCUAAUAGGAAAAUCUGAGGGUGCAUACCAGUUGGCCUCAUAGCUCAGUUGGUAGAGUAUCCAAACAGUAAAAGGAAAGGUCUUGGGUUUGUAUCCUGAUGGGCACAUAUGUUUUUCUCAAAUGUUUAUUAUCGUCUUUAAUUAACACCAGUGGAGGUGUAUCUCCAUACCAAAGUUAGAUGAAAUCUUUCCUAUAGUAAUUAUAUUGUUUAGGAUAAUUUUAUAUUUAACAUUAGAGAGGUUUUGCAAAUUCACCAAAAACAACAGAAACCACUGUCAUUUUAAAAACUUUUAGGUUAGGCAUAGGCCUAGACUAUUUUUCACAGCUCAUCAGCAGUGCUAGAUGGAUUAUAUAUAGGCCAGGCCCACAUACUCUGCAAAACAAACCUACCCUGCUUAACAAAUUGUAUGGCUUAAUUUAGAGUAGAGUAGAACAAUAUUAAUACACUUAUCCAAAGAAAAAAUAAAUGAAUUCAUUUUUUGGCAUUUCUUGUAAAACAUAAAAUAGAAACUUUGAUUACUCCAUUUUUGCUUGAUAGUAAAAAUUGUCUACCCACCAUUCUCUGUAAUUUUUACUGUUUAACGUUUGCUUCAUAAAUGAGCAAUUUUCAUAAUCAUGUGCUUUGUAUAUGAUCUUGCAUAUUGCAAAGUUUGAGGUCACAAUGCUGCUAUCACCAGAAAAUACAAUAGUGAACUCUGACCUAAUUAUCUUUCUAAUAUUAUAUUACUUUUCUAUUUUGAAUAUUUCGUUUAUAACAAUAGAUAUUUAUAUAAUUCAAUGUGGCAUAUUAUUUUCAUAGGAUUCUAAUGGGUUUUUAGUAUUUAUAGGGCAGUUUAUAUGUAAUCUAGACGCAGGGUUCCCGGAAUGCCGCCCUCAGCGGCGUGUGCGAAGCAACUCAGAGUCAGAAGUGGAACGUGAAUUUUGAUUUGGUUUCAUAGUCAGAUUUUCGAGAAAAACUUCAGC